GGACAGGGGGGGGGGGGGGGUAUGAAUUGUAAAUUUCAAGACUCCUGCACCCCUGGGGCCUUAAGGGUCUAGUAAAUAUUGGCCAAUUUUCAAAGAACCUUCUUCUUUACACUUGCAUACCUUUAAGGAAAACUAAAUACAAAGAGAUAUAAAGCGGGAAUUAAGGCAUCUACCAAAUUGUAACUUUCAGGAUCCCUGGGUAGAGGUUCGGACUCCAGGGUGGGGCCAAACUUGGUAUUUAUAGUGUAUAUGUGCAAAACAUAUAUAUCUGUUUUGAUACUUAAUAGAAACUAAAUGGAUAUUUAGGAGGACAUGUAGGUAGUCAUUUACCAGAAUUGUGAAGUUCAUGAUCCUAGAGGUAAGGGUUUGAUUUCAGGGUGGUGCCAAAAUUAUUAUGAUAAUUUGAAGUACUUCAGCUAAAUACAUAUUAAAUUUAGGAAUAGCAGAAAAGGAUGUACAGAGAAAUGGUGAAUUCGCAACAAGGGUUUUGACUCUAGGAUGGGUCCUAAUUAGUCACAUCGUUUUAAGUUAAUGCAUACAUUAUAUGUAAAGCCUUUCAUAAGUGUAUGCACUUGUUAGGUGAUCGAAGUUUUAAGAAUACACUUUGUUUUACACUGUUGCUGAAUAUUAGAAUUUAGUUUAGAUAUUCUGAACAGGAAACUUUUUCUAGAUUUCAUAGCCAUUUGGACUAGUGAUUCUUUGAAAUAGUACUCAGGUGACCAAUAAGCCCUGUGGGCCUAUUCUUCAGUACCACCUGUCUGUGUAAUCAUUACCAAAAAUGGAUGUCAUCAAGGUCAAAGCCCGCAUUGAUUGUUCCGUUUGGAGUAACGUAGGGGGUCAACCAAACAUGUAUAUUUUAGUACAUUGUAUUGUAAUCUAGUUUAUAUCUUAAAACAUUGCAUAAAAAUAUAAAUAUAUCAUCAUGGUUGUGUCAUCGGGUUAUGAAGGUAGCAAUCGUUGCAGAAAAAAAUUACGUAACCCGCUUACGCGGGAUAUGACUUUUCCCUGCAAUUAUCGACCGGAGGUGUGAAAAACACAAGUGGCCUCUAUAAUUUCUAUUGUUUAUUUGUGCUGUCAAGGGUGUUAAGUGACACUUGGCUAAUCCAAGUGACCCUUCCAAAUUGUGUACAAAAUGUAAAAAACAGUUAGGAACAUAUUGAAUGAACAGAGUAUACCAAACGCCAUAUUGUUACACCAUCGUAUGGAUAUAAGCGGUAGUUAAUACAAAUUAAUUUUUUGGGUUUCCAUAAACUUAAAAUUCCUUAUAAAGUUUCAAAUUACAAUUUCAUAGUUACUACUGUACCUUUCAAAAACAUCAAAACAAAUUUGUUAAUGAUAUCAGCGAUGAAUGUAAACAUAGUUUUUAUAGGUGUAAUAUGCCUCUGUUUUCUUUAUGUAUCCUGUUACAUUGAUAGACAUGUAUAGAUUUUCAGUUUGAAAUUAGAUGAUGUCAUCGAGAAUAUUUCUUGUUAUUCAUAAUUACCUGUAGGUACAAGCGGACUUAUUUAUGUGUUGUGUAACACGAAUAUUUUUACGUACGAAUUACUCAGAAGUAGAACUUUUCAUGAGUUACUGCCCUUGUCUUAAACUCUCCAGUUAGUACAAUCAGAUUUGUCAGUCGAUAUAGAUGCUCAGAGACAGAAGUCUCCACGCGCACCACGUACGGCAAAGAUGCCACCACACCUUGUACUGCGCACAACCCUUUAUCGUAUCCUGUAGUCCCACAGUCUUUUUAUUAAUUGAAUAAACUGACGUACAGAAACCUAGCCUUUCGUGUCAGUACAGUAAAAAGACUAUGGAAGCGUCUACACUUCAGUUUCCAAGGACUGACCGCAUGAAGAAACUCACAGCAUCAGGACAGGCAGUGUAUGAAGACAAUGUCAAGCAGUUCUGUUACAGUUUAAGUCAACUUAAAAAAGAAAAAUAGACAAUGAUAUUAAUUUAUAUAAUGAAUGUGAGAACAAGACUGAUAUGACACUGAUAGUCAAAGAAAGUGUAAUGAACCUAGCUCACCAGUAUAAACAAAAGUCACAAGAAUUCUGUGAAUAUUUACAAAGAACAAAUACAGAAGACAGUCAGCAAGAGUUUUUUGCUCACACUGUUAUACUGAGUAAAGUAGAUGACAAAUUGGAGACCGUCUUAAAUGAAUUAGACACUGUUAUUAAGAACAUUAGCAGUAAAGUGUGUGUUGAUGUUCAUGAGAAGUCAGGACAUGAUGUUCCCAAGUCAACGACAAGCAGAUCUAGUUUAAGUAACAAAAAGUCUAGGACAAUCACCAACUCCGGAUCAUCUUCUACCUUAAUGAAACAACGUGCAAAGGCGGAAGCAGCCAAAGCAAAACUUGAAUUUACCAUGAAGGAAGCAGAACUCAAGAAACAGCAAGCAAAACUAGAGGAAGAGGAACUAUUCAGAAAGGCAGAAAAUGUUCGAAAAUCUAUUGAUCUUCAGACAGAACUGGAACUCCUCAGUGUGCGUAAGGAAAAAGCAGUCGCUGAUGCUGAGCUACAAGCAAUGGAGCAAUUCGAAUUGGAAUGUGACUCAAAUUCAGAGUAUGUUGACUCAACCGAGCGCACAAGGAAAUAUGUGGCUGACGUGAUAGAAUACAAUGACAGUCAGAAAAACACUAGUGACACUGGACCUUCACAUAAUUCCAUAGUUCAACCAAGUAAGCUUAAUCCAGAAGCUGAAACAUUUAUUCCACCUCGACAUCCCACACAGAUUCUCCAGAAUGGCAUGUCGUCUGUGCAACCUAAAACUCAUGUAAGUGAAAGUGCCACUGAACUUCCUACUCAGACUUUCCAAUCUAUUACGACACUUCAACCUAAAAGUGAAAGUGCAGCACUAAUAUCUGCUCAGACUUUUCCAUCUGUUGCAACAUCACUUCAGCGUGAAGGUGAAAGUACACAGUUCUCUCGCUUAACCAACCACAUAUUGAAAAAGGACCUAAUGAUUUCAAGGAUGACUCAGUUUGAUGACAAAGCUGAACAUUAUACAACUUGGAAAACUAGUUUCAAAUCUGUAUGCCAUGGUUUGAACAUUUCACCAUCAGAAGAAAUGGAUUUACUUAUCCGCUAGUUAAGACCCACAUCCGCACAUCAUGCAAGAAGUAUCAGAGCUUCAACUAUCGAUAACCCACUUCUGGGACUUACCAAUUUAUGGAAAAGAUUGGAAGAAAGGUAUGGCUCGCCAGAAAUGGUGGAAGCUUCUUUGAAAAACAGAAUGACGAAAUUUCCAAAGCUAAUGGAUUGUGAUACAGAGAAACUUUAUGAAUUAUCAGAUCUACUUUCUGAAGUUUCUUAUCUGAAGAGAAAUCCAAAAUAUCAUGAUUUGCUCAGCUAUUAUGACACAUCAGUUGGAGUAAAACCAAUUAUAAACAAAUUACCUAGUUUUCUACAAAGGAAAUGGACCAGUAAAGCUAGCAAAUACAAUCAACAACACGACUGUAUAUUUCCGCCAUUCACUCUGCUAUGUGAUUUCAUCAGUGAGAUAGCAACAACUUUGAAUGAUCCUAGCUUUUCAUAUGAAGAUACCGUGAAGAAAUCAGCCGUAAGCAAAAAUGUGACUGUUAAGAAAACAGAUUGUGAGGAAAUGAUGAAGUGUCCUAUUCACAAUGCUUCUCAUUUGCUCAGCCAGUGUAAAACUUUCCGCAAGAAAUCACUGAAGGAAAGAAAACAGAUCUUACGUGACAACAACUUGUGUUAUAAAUGUUGUGACUCAAAAGUUCAUGUCUAUAAAACUUGCAGAAAAAAAUUACGUAACUCACUUACGCGGGAUAUGAUUUUUUUUUUUGCAAUGCUAGCUACCCUCAUCACCUGAUGACAAAACAAAGAAAGCAUUUUAUUGUUUAAGACUAGCUUAUCUUGAUGUACAUGUAUUUAUAUAGUGGGUAUCCAUGUUAAAUCCCGAUUGAUGAUUGAUUGGUUGUAUACUGUUUAACGUACCUCUCGAGAAUCUUCCACUCAUGUGACAUGAACUUUAAACAGGAAAAUAACGGUCUAUCAAUUAAAUCUUAAAAUAUAUUACA